CUAACCAAACCACAACACGGGUUCCUGGAAAACGAACUCUGAUCUCACCGAUCCCCUGCUCACCACCACCAUUCAUCAACAACUACUACGGAAUCACCACAAUCGUUACUAAAAUGCCGGCCGAAACCCCUAAGCCCCCUACUUCCGCUACCACCACCACAGCCGACAUCCCGACGGACCUGAAGACCAUACACGAAUCCUCCCCAAACCCAUCAAAGCAGCUGCCGCUUCCCGGGGCCCGGACACGCAAGGAGCUCCGCGAGCAAGCCGCUAAAUUCCUCGAAACUAGCAGCGUCAAGAAUGCGCCAUGGGAGCAGAAGAAGGAGUUCUUGUUGGAGAAGGGGCUGACGGGGAAUGAGAUUGAGGCUCUAAUGGAAGAGAUGGAGAGGGUGCAGAAGGAGAAGAUGAAGGAGGCGGUUGUCACGAAGGAGGAGGUUAGGGUGGUUUUGGAGAGGGGGAAGGGGAAGAAGAGGGAACAACCUUCUACGGAGGUAACAAAGCCCAACGCUAACGAUGAAACGAAACACCCCCCCGAAGACUCCGGCCGGGAGAAUAAGGAGACCACUGCUACUACGGCCGCUGCCUCUCCCCCGCUAAUAACCUACCCAGAAUUCCUAACCCCUGCACCACCUCCACCCCCACAGCCCCUAGUUAGCACCUCCAACAUCCUCAAAUCCGCAUACUUCGCCUCAGCCAUAGGCAGCACAAUCUACGGCGCGCACAAAUUUAUCUUCACACCCAUGUACUCCGCACUCACAGACGCACGCCUAGACCUCUCCUCAGCGGCACUGAAGAACCUCACGGAGCUAAACACCCGACUACGCGAGCUCGUCCCCUCAACACGAGUCCAGCACCCCACCGCCAACAGUAACAAAAAACACUACUACCCCUCCUCCCCCCACUCUUCUUCCUCCUCCGAUGACGAAGACGAUAGCAGCAGUACCUCAGACCCUAGCGAACUAUUCCACGUCGAUGCCACGACACAAACAAGCCCAUUACCGGACUACAACCUCAACACCUCCGAUGAAGCCGAGGACCUAACCCCGGACGGGAAACUGGAACACCUAUCAACGCAACUCCACGCCCUCGUCGAGAGCCACUCAGACGGCAUGGACAACGAGCUCACAUUCGCGCUCGAGGACCUAAGGAGCUACCUCGAGAGCCUCACCUACGACUGGAGCAGUUCCAGCAUUUUUACCUCGCCCUACGAUUACGGUGGGGCGAAGGGCAAGGAUGACGCUGUGUCGAAGGUUAAGGCGGAAAUUAGGAGUGUUAAGGGGGUUUUGUUGAAUACGAAGAAUUUCCCGGCGUCGAGGUGAUGGGUCGUGGUGUGCAGUAGUGGUAUGAGCGCCAGGUUGUGUCGAAUCUGGAUGAGUGGAUGGGAUAUCAAUUUUGCCAAAUUUACGCUAAUAGUUAUAUCCUUGUUUUCGCGCCAUAGUGUAAUAGAGUUCUCUCCUUUCCUUUCCUU